UAAAUUCUUUUUUCUCUCUCUCCCUCCAACCCUGUUCCUCAUCCCCUUCCUCCUCCUGCGCGUCGCGAUCUCUCUCCCUCCAAACGCAGCUCCGCUUGCCAAACCCCUCGCAUCGAUUCCGAUCCCCUUUCCACCUCGCGGUCACCAGCUUCCCGCGCCGAGAGUUCUCUCUCCGUCGCCGCAGGCCGCGCCCGGUCGUCGUCGAUCGGCGGACCCCCAUUUGGGCGCGCGCGCGGUAGUGUGGCCGCGACCUGGGAGCGAGCGUGAUGGGGCCGCGGUGCCGGCGGCGGGGCUGAAUAGGAUAUAUAACACGGGUGGCGCCAGUGGCCGGGCGGGCGCCGGUGAUGUCGGACGCGUCGUCGGAUCUCGGCGGCGUCGGCCUCCGGGCGGGUCCCCCCGUGGAGCGCGACCUCGAGCAGGCUAUCACCGCUCUUAAGAAAGGAGCCUACUUAUUGAAAUAUGGGCGCAGAGGGAAGCCAAAAUUUUGUCCAUUUAGGUUAUCCAAUGACGAGUCUGUAUUGAUAUGGUUUUCUGGGAAAGAGGAGAAACAUCUAAGGUUGAGCCAUGUGUCCAGGAUAAUGCCUGGCCAACGAACUGCUAUUUUUCAGAGGUAUCCACGGCCUGAGAAGGAGUGCCAGUCAUUUUCACUAAUUUCGCAGGAUAGGUCACUGGACAUUAUAUGUAAAGACAAAGAUGAGGCAGAAGUGUGGUUUGCUGGGCUGAAAACGUUAAUUUCACGUAGUCAUCAAAGAAAAUGGAGGACUGAAUCGAGAAGUGAUACAAUUUCCUCUGCUGCAACAAGUCCAAGGAUUUACACACGACGGAGCUCUCCGUUGAGUUCUCCUUUCAGCAGCAAUGACAGUCUCCACAAGGAUGGCAACGAAAACUACCGAUUCCGUAGUCCAUAUGGGAGUCCGCAAAAGAAUGGCCUGGAUAAGGCCUUUUCUGAUGUUGUGUUAUAUGCAGUUCCUCCCAAGAGCUUCUUCCCAUCAGAUUCUAAUGCACGAUCGGUUCACUCUAUGUCUUCUGGGCACUCAGAUAACACAAAUGGGCACCCGAGAGGUAUCCAAAUGGAUCCUUUCCGGGCUAGUUAUUCAAGUGCUGUUAGCUCAUCAAGUUAUGGUUCUGGUUAUGAUGAUGGCGAUGCUUUAGGUGAUGUUUUGAUAUGGGGAGAAGGAACUGGGGAAGGAAUACUAGGUGGUGGCAGUUCGAGGAUUGGAAGCUCCUCAGGCGCGAAGAUGGAUUGUCUUGUACCUAAACCGUUAGAGUUUGCUGUGCGACUUGAUGUGCAGAAUAUAUCUUGUGGAGGAAAGCAUGCUGCACUUGUCAGUAAACAAGGAGAGAUCUAUUCCUGGGGUGAGGAAUCAGGUGGGCGGCUUGGUCAUGGUGUAGACUGUGAUGUGGCACAUCCAAAACUCAUUGAUGCUCUUACUCAUAUGAACAUUGAGUUGGUAGCAUGCGGUGAGUACCACACUUGUGCUGUUACACUAUCUGGAGAUCUGUACACAUGGGGGGAUGGCACCUUCAAAUUUGGGCUUUUGGGCCAUGGUAAUGAUAUCAGUCACUGGGUACCAAAAAAGCUGCACGGACCAUUAGAGGGUAUACAUGUUUCAUCAAUUUCAUGUGGCCCUUUUCAUACAGUCAUAGUAACUUCUGCUGGGCAACUGUUCACAUUUGGAGACGGCUCUUUUGGGGUUCUAGGCCAUGGAGACCGUGAGAGUCUCUCAGUCCCCAAGGAAGUGGAAUCUCUCAAAGGGCUUCGGACGGUGCGGGCUGCUUGUGGUGUUUGGCACACUGCUGCAGUUGUAGAAGUCAUGGCUGGGAAUUCAAGUUCUAGCAAUUGUUCAUCUGGCAAGAUCUUUACAUGGGGUGAUGGUGAUAAAGGCCGUUUAGGACAUGGUGACAAGGAAUCAAGACUUGUCCCAACAUGUGUGGCUGCAUUGGUGGAGCCCAAUUUUUGUCAGGUUGCUUGCGGGCAUUGCCUGACAGUGGCUCUUACAACAUCAGGACAUGUGUAUACAAUGGGGAGUGCUGUCUAUGGUCAGCUAGGAAAUCCACAGGCAGAUGGCAUGCUUCCUGCUCGUGUUGAAGGGAAGCUACACAAAAAUUUUGUCGAGGAGAUUUCUUGUGGUGCUUAUCAUGUGGCUGUUUUGACCUCUAGGACUGAGGUAUACACAUGGGGUAAAGGUGCAAAUGGUCGGUUAGGUCAUGGCAACACUGAUGAUAAGAAUACUCCUACAUUGGUUGAAGCACUGAAAGAUAAGCAAGUCAGAAAUGUUGUUUGUGGAACUAACUUCACUGCAGCAAUAUGCAUUCAUAAAUGGAUAUCCGGAGUUGAUCAGUCGAUGUGCUCAGGAUGCCGUCAGCCUUUUAACUUGAGGAGAAAACGUCACAAUUGCUACAAUUGUGCUCUGAUAUUUUGUCAUUCCUGCAGCAGUAAAAAAUCUCUGAAGGCUUCAUUGGCACCAAAUCCAAGCAAACCCUAUCGUGUUUGUGAUAGUUGCUACAGCAAAUUGACCAAGGGGCUUGAAACAGACAUGUAUUCUUCAGCUAAACGGGGAGCAGUUGUACAGGGAUUCAGUGACACAGUUGAUGAGGAUACGGAAACGAGGUCAAAUGCCCAACUGUCAAGAAUGUCCUCAAUAGAUUCUUUUAAGCACAUGGAUAGCAGAUAUUCAAAGAAAAACAAGAAGUUUGAGUUUAAUAGCACUCGUGUUUCCCCAGUUCCAAAUGGCGGUUCACAUUGGAGUGGGCUCAACAUUUCAAGAUCCUUCAAUCCUGUAUUUGGAUCUUCAAAAAAGUUUUUCUCGGCGUCUGUCCCUGGAUCCAGAAUCAUUUCUAGGGCCACAUCACCUGUUUCAAGAAGACCGAGUCCUACACGUUCUACAACCCCAACACCUACUUUUGGGGGUCUAACUUCUCCUAGAGUUGUUGUCAAUGGUGCCAAGCCAACAAAUGAUAGCCAGACUCAAGAAAUUCUAAAUUUGAGGUCCCAGGUGGACAAUCUUACUAGGAAGUAUCAACUUCUCGAAGCUGAGUUGGAGAGAACUACCAAACAAUUGAAGGAAGCCAUUGCAAUUGCCGGGGAGGAAACUGCAAAGUGCAAGGCAGCAAAGGAAGUAAUUAAGACACUCACUGCACAAUUGAAGGGGAUGGCAGAGGGGUUACCCGGCGGAGCAGCCAAGAGCAGCAAACUACCACCCCUUCCUGCAAUUCCUAUACCAAGUGACAUAUCAGCCAUGGUCACUGAAUGUUUGGGUAGCCCAGACAGUUCGGAAGAACAGGUACAUAUUUCAAAUGGUCCUAAUGGAUUGCUUGUUUCUAAUGGACCAAGCUCUACUAGGAACAAAGCAAGCCAUUCAGAAAUGGCCAGUAAUGGAAGUAGAACACCGGAUCCAGAAUCCUACCAUGAGGCUGAAUGGGUAGAACAAGAUGAACCAGGUGUUUAUAUUACUCUCACUGCCUUGCAUGGGGGUGCCAGAGAUCUCAAGCGGGUCCGGUUCAGCCGGAAGAGAUUCAGUGAGAAACAAGCAGAACAAUGGUGGCAGGGGAAUAGGGCAAGGGUAUACCAGAAGUACAAUGUUCGCAUGGUUGAUAAAUCGGUCGCCGGCAUGGAUAGCUGAGAGUGCAUCUCACUGACGUAGAUUGACUUUGUUAAAGAAAUACCUGAUGGUAAGUGGAGCUGAGGCACCUUAUGUGUGGGAAGGCUUUCUCAUCAGUCAAGAUUAGUUGCUAACGUGGCUUCCAUUAUAAUUGGCCUUAUGAAAGAGAUGUAGAAGAAAAGAAAGACAUAUUUUCAAUUUUACACAAUUAUUUUGUUUACAUUUACAUUUUCUUUUUCUUGUGUGAAAAGUAGGGGUCUCUCACAGAAUGUAAAUGUUUAGUUAGCCACUGGCUUAUAUAUGAUGGAAAUGCAUAUACAAGCGCA